GUGGUUCGAACUUAAGGAGUAUAAUUAUGCAUUUCAAGAGAAAAAGAAAAAAUAUACAUUGAUUCAGAUCUGAGCUACCUGAAGGCUAUAAAAUUCGGCAAUCAAACUCGCCGUCGGUUACUCGAUCCUACACGUCUCUUUCGAUCGACCUCACAAUGACGAAAAUGCCCCUCACCGUCGUCGUCUUCCUCCUCUUCUCCGCCGCUUUCCUCUCCGUGGUUCCGCCUUCUAUGGCGGAGAUCAAAUCCCUGGUUAUCUCCGACGACGCUCGUCCGAUGAUCCUCUUCGAGAAGUUCGGAUUCACACAUACCGGCCACGUCACCGUCUCCGUCGCAUCUGUCUCCGUCUCCUCGGUCUCCACCUCCGCAUAUCCGAACCCGGAGCCAUCACGUCUCGGAUUCUUCCUCCUCUCGGAAGAAUCGCUUCUCCAGGUCCUCCUCGAGAUCCAGCAGAAUCCUAGGUUCUGCGUUCUAGAUUCGCACUACGUUACACAUCUCUUCACGUUCAGAGAUCUAUCUCCUCCGCCGAAUUCCCGAUUCAACCAAUCUUACCCCGUCACUUCUCCCAACGAGUACUCUCUCUUCUUCGCCAAUUGCGUCCCUGAAACCAAGGUCUCCAUGGCGGUUCGCACGGAGAUGUACAACAAAGAUCCGAACGGAUCUAAAGACUAUCUACCCGCCGGAUCCACCCAGUUACCGUCUCUCUACUCUUUCUUCUUCCUCUGCUACGCCGCGUUCCUCGGCUUCUGGAGCUACACCUGCUGGACCAACAAGCGAGUGGUUCAUCGGAUCCAUCUCCUCAUGGCAGGUCUGCUUCUAAUCAAAUCCCUAAAUCUGAUUUGUGCAGCUGAAGACAAACACUACGUGAAGAUCACAGGGACGCCUCACGGUUGGGACAUCCUCUUCUACAUCUUCCAAUUCAUCCGUGUGGUUCUUCUCUUCACCGUGAUCAUCUUGAUCGGAACAGGCUGGUCGUUUUUGAAGCCUUUCUUGCAGGAGAAAGAGAAGAACGUGUUGAUCAUUGUGAUCCCACUUCAGGUACUAGCCAACAUUGCUUCGAUUGUGAUUGGUGAAACCGGACCUUUCAUCAAAGAUUGGGUCACAUGGAACCAAGUCUUCUUGCUCGUUGAUAUCAUCUGUUGCUGUGCCAUUAUCUUCCCGAUCGUCUGGUCGAUUCGAUCCUUGAGAGAAACGUCGAAAACCGAUGGUAAAGCAGCCAGGAACUUGUCGAAGCUGACAUUGUUCAGACAGUUCUACAUUGUUGUCAUCGGAUAUCUCUACUUCACAAGAAUCGUGGUGUUUGCGCUUAAAACCAUUGCGGCUUAUAAGUACCAGUGGGUGAGUUUUGCAGCAGAGGAGAUUGUGAGCUUGGUGUUCUAUUCGAUCAUGUUUUAUAUGUUUAGGCCUGAGGAGAAGAAUGAGUACUUUGCUGUUGAUGAUGAUGAAGAAGAAGCUGCUGCUUUGGCGCUUAGGGACGAAGAGUUUGAGCUUUGAGAAGCAUAAAAAUGGAGGAUUCUUCUGGGUAAGCAAAGAUUUAUUCUUCUUUAUGUUUAUGAAAGCUCUUGACCACACAGAGGAUGUCUAUGUUAAAGUCGUCUAAUAUUGCUACUACUUUUGUUCCUUUUUUCUUGGGUUAAAUUUUGUUCUUCUUUACAUCGAACUUCCAUUAUCACGAACCUUUAACACUUUUUAUUAGCUUCAAAUCGUUGCGAAUUUUGUGGCCU